AUGAACCGUAUCACCGCACAGCAAGGACGACUGCGGCGCACACAACCGCAGCACCAACAACUAAAAAGGAUAUUGUGGCAGGUAAAACAAGAGACUUCAAUUUGGAUGCACGCCACUCGAAAAAAAUGAAAGAAGAUUUCACUGGCGGAGGAGGUGGGCUUACUGUGUUAAUGACUGCGGAGAAGACAGAUGCAAAUCAACCGCUAGCUGCUGCCACCAGCCACGGAAAUGAGAAGGAAAUAGAUGUACAACUCUUUUGGCUGGAAAAGAUCUAUGCACUUAACAAGCAGCUGCAGCGCGAAGAGGAAAUGCUGCUGAAGUUGCAUGCAAAAAUAAGAAAACAUCAGGUGAAGCGCGCCUAUCAAACAAAGCGCGAGGUGGUGCAACAAAUCGAGAAAUUGGAUGCAGAGCUGACGUUGCAGUGUUGUGACAUACGCGCGGUGGAGAGUAAAUUGCACGCUUCCAACGAGCAAUUGAAACAGAAGUUGGGCGUGUUGGAGCGAUUGAGUCAAGAAUUUCUGGAGACGAUGGACCAAGCAGCGCCAGCAGCGGAGGCUGAAGAGCAAAGUGUAGCCGAAGUGGCAGCCGAUGCUGAUAGUGAGGCAACUGUUAAUCGAAUGCCAGAUGUAAUUAACAAUGAAGAUCACAAUCUUGCAACAGAGAUGGCGUUGCGUGCCACAGCGACAAUGGCGAGGGAGAAUAAAUUGCAAGAAGCGACCGUUGAUCAGUUGCAUGCAAAACAGAUGACGACGGUGGAGUUUGGUGGACAGCAACAAGGUUGCCAGUUGCAGUCACAAAGAAGUGGCGUGGCCGAUGAAGAUGUGUGGCACAGACAAAAUAAUGCCAAGUUGCACUUGCCGCAUGCAAUCCAGUCAGCCACCCAAGCGUUGCAUACAGAUUUGAAUGGCAGAAGUGAUUCGAAGGCGUUGGGGGAAGAAAGUACAGCAGCAGCAGCACCAACAACAGGAAUAGUAACAGUACCAUCAUCUGCUGAGGACGGAGAAGCAACAAGAACAACAACAGCAGCUGCUGAAGAAGCUGCUGCCAUGGCAGCAAGCCACUCAUCAGCGGCAGCCUUCAAACUGACAGCGACAAGCUGUGCCGUUUCAUCGUCAAGUGCAAGAAUGACAGCAGCAGUAAUAACAACAACAACAACAACAAGACCGUUGGCAACAACAAUAAAUGCCACAGCAGAUGUAACAACAGUCGCCGCAACUGCAUGCAACAUGCCAGCUAUGUCGCCGGCGGAAGGAAAACCAACCACGGCACUUCAUCUUGCUCAGCUGCAAUUGCCACAACUACAGCAAGAACAAUUGCCGCUGCCUGCAGUAGAUAAUUCGCAACAAUGUGUCGAUGCUGAUGACGUUCUCGUCGAUGCACAUGCAGCCGUUGGCGGAGUGGUGUUGCCACAAAGCAAUUAUCCAAUUAGUUGCAUUAAUCAUGCGGCCAUACAUGCCACCAGCCAACUCUCAACGAGGCAAAUUAUUGUCGCAGCUGGUGGUGAUGGCCUCAGCACAGCGGUGGCUGGCAAGUUAACGCCUGAGCAAACAUUGUCAGCCGCCUAUGCAACAGUGUCGUCGUCGUCGACAACUUCGUCGUCACCUUCUCCGUCGUCUCCGUCGUAUCCGUCAUCGUUGUCAAUGGCAAAUGCUUCAAUUAUGCAGCAACAACAACAGCUGCAACAGCAACCACACCAGUACCAGCCGCAAAUACUGCCGCACCGGCAGCAUAUCAACAUCAACAGUUACAUGCACAGCAACUGCGCCAGCAAUUACAACAACAACAAUACCAACCACAGCAACAGCAAAGACAAUCAUACAAAUGACAAGAAUUUGCUACCGCCUUCGCAUGCCGCCCACACGAAAACGUUGCAAAAACAAAUGUUCGGUCCGAAAUCUCUUAAUCAAAUGCUGCCAGCUGCACCGCCGCCAAAAAUAAUACAGGUUUCAGCAGCACCAAUGAGCAGCACACCUUCCACUUCGACUAUAGCCGUAACGCCUUGCCCGCAUGCUGGCUUCGGUAUACCGUCAAUGUUAGCACCGUUGCGCCCCACAACGCCAACAGCGCUGUUGCCUCCUACACCUGUAAUGCCCUUUGAUGUGACAACGCAGCGCAGCAGUGUUGAUAUCACGCAGUUGGGCACACUGGUCUAAAGAUAACGAUGAGGUUUUGUCGUUGGUCAACAGCCACGCUGUCACACAGCCAUCGGUAGCCAGUGGGCAUAUGCACAUGGCACAAAGGGAGUGGCCCCAAGUUGUUCAGUGCAGAUAUGACGUACUUACGUAGGUUCCUCUUUCGCGGUAAUGAUGUGCGCUGCACAGUGGUUGGGAGUUGGUAAAAAUUUUGUGUGUGGCAAAAAUUUUUAAGAGAUUCGGAGAUUUUAUUCAAGUUAAGAAAAUGUAUAUACAUAAAGUUCAUAUAUAAAACAUGCAUACAUAUACAUAACUUUGAAAGUAGA